CUUGGAUAGCAGCAGCACUCAUUAGCUUUGGCUUGAUUUACACCUUGCACAUCCCUCGUACUGGAAUAGCUACAGCUACAAAACCUUUGAAAGACGGGGUUUCAGCUCUAGAUGCACUGGACUUCUCGCGUUACCCUCUUCCUCCGAACGAGAACUCGACGACUUGUCCCCAACCAUUGCCACUUUCGUCGACGGGUCAUGCGGAACUAGAGAAGGAGCUUUUCACUUUGUACGAAGAGGAAGAUUACAGAUUGAUGGCAUUUGAGGCAUUGGGAGGUGCUGUACGGGUUCCGACCGAAUCUUACGACGAUCUUCUUCCCGUCGGACAGGAUUCUCGAUGGGACAUCUUUGCCGAGCUGCACACCUAUCUUGAGAUCUCUUUCCCACUUGUCUUCGACACGCUCGAGGUGACCAAGGUUAAUACAUACAAUAUGGUAUUACAUUGGCAAGGCUCGGACGCGUCACUCAAACCUGUUCUGCUGACGGCACAUCAAGAUGUGGUUCCUGUCGAGCCCGUCACAGUCGACGCAUGGAUUCACCCUCCGUACUCCGGGUAUUACGACGGAACAUGGAUUUGGGGUCGCGGAAGCAGCGACGAUAAAUCUGACCUCGUCUCUCAAAUUGUGACGAUCGAUACUCUGCUCAAACAUGGAUUCAAACCUCGCCGAACGAUCGUGAUUGCAUGGGGUAUCGACGAGGAAGCUUCGGGUCUCCAGGGCGCGGGUCACCUAGGACCAUACCUCGAAAAGACCUAUGGAAAAGAUGGGUUUGCUAUGCUAGUUGACGAAGGCGGCAGCAUGAUCAUUGACCCGGUCGACAGCACAAUCCUCGCUGUCCCAGACGUUUCCGAGAAAGGCUAUCUAGAUGUCCGCGUCGAGGUGAACGUCCUGGGUGGCCAUUCAUCCGUCCCACCCGAACAUACCGGCAUAGGCAUCCUUUCCGCCCUCCUCACUGAAGUCGAAGCCAACCCCCACACGCCUCAACUCGGUCGCACCUCCACUCCGCUCCGCAGCACCCUCUGCUUAGCCACCUACUCAAAUAUAUUUCCUCCUGCUAUUCGUCGACUUGCCCUCGAUGCUGGUUCCGCUCUCGACGAUGAAGUGGAAGACGAGGCAAGGCUAGAGAACCUAAUGCAUGAAUUGAUCAAGUUGGAUAAAGUGUAUGGAGCGACUCUAAGGACGUCGCAGGCUAUCGAUCUUGUGUGGGGUGGUGUGAAGGUGAAUGCGCUGCCGGAAAGGGCGACGGGUAUCGUGGAUCAUCGGAUUGCGGAGUUCAGCUCCGUCAAAGAACUUCAAGACCACAUAACAUCCGUCCUCGCUCCCGUCGUCGCCUCUUUCAACCUCUCCCUCACCGCCUUCGACGACUCUGUCGGCAUUCCAAAGUCAGAAAGCGCCGGUGAAGUUAUUCUCUCCGACGCUUGGGGAAACCAGCUCGAGCCUUCGCCAAUCACACCAACGGGAGAGAGUGGGCCCUGGAAGUUGUUGGCUGGGACGAUCAAAGCUACUGUUGAGGCUACUGGGGGAGGAGAUGGUAAGAAGGGAGGAAAGGCGGUGGUGAUUCCCGGUUUGACUAUAGGAAACACUGAUACACGGUUCUACUGGCCUCUGACGAAGCAUAUCUUCCGGUAUUCCCACAAAGGAGAUGCGGAUUCAUUCAAUGGAGGGCACACCAUCAACGAAGCUGUUCGCGCCGAGGCGAUAAUGAACGAGAUAAAGUUCUUCACGAAACUGAUCUUCAACAUGGAUGAGACGACAUUGUUUGAGUAGUUUUGGGCGUAAGAUGGAUGAAACCGUGGAAGUUGAGAUCUAGCGAAUAUUUACGGUCUUAAGCCUAUGCUCAGAUAUUUGUAUGGAUCGUGCUAAGUUCCCACGAUAACAUCUCCUACCCACUGCCUCUAAAACUGUACGUAUGAGUACUCGACGGCCAAUUCCACAACCACACCUACGCCGAUGGCGAAUUCCAAUUCUUCCAUGUGGCGUAAAAUGUGGCGAGCCUACUUCCCGAGUGCCGCGGGACUGGCUGGCGCUUCCGC